AUGCAGUUUCUCAAGUUCUUGCUUCCGCUCGUCACCAGUGCAGCUUUCUUAGCGGCGCAACCACUAGAUGAAAGAGCUAUCUCUUCGAGCUGGGCUGGAGUCAACUCGUACUUUCUUCAUGCAUAUCAGAAGUAUGAGCAUGCUGUACUUGACGCUGUCAAAGAUGCUAAGCUCAAGACGCUGCGCAUAUUCAUCUCGCACACGCUUCAGAACAACAAGGAUACUGGCUCAGUCAAUAUGCCCGAUAUCGAGCCACAGCAGGUUGGCACAUACGAUGACACUCAGCUGCGCGCCAUCGAUCAACUGAUGGUUGAGACCCAUGACCGAGGCAUCAAACUGGUCAUCGCUAUGCAUGACCGCUACCAAUUAGGUUGCUGGGGAAAUGAUACAUACAUGUCGAAAUACAAGCUUCCUGCCGUUGACUGUGCGAAGACCUCUGCCGCUCAGAACGAUGUGACGUUCUUUUACCAGGACGCAUCGCCAAUUUACGACUUCGACAAUCGCCUCACGCACAUCCUUCAACACAAGAACCAGUUGGUCUCAGGUGCACCGCAGUGGAAGGAUCUAUCGGACUACAUAUUCGCGUUCAACAUUCAGAACGAAGGACAAGGGCAUCUGCGCAACAAUAUUGCACCUGCACCAAAUUGGUGGUGUGAUCGAAGCAAGAAAAUGCGAAGCGUGAUGGGAAAUAGUGCAAUUCUAAUAUCAACAGGCAAGUGUACCACCCGAAUCCUUCCAACGCUCCGUACUCUGGAUAUCAUCAUACUAACUGCUUCCUUCUUAGGUGGUGGGAACGAAUUUCCCAACUCCGACAUUCCCGAAAACUGGAGCUGCGCAACCCUCGACCUCGUCGACAUUCACUCCUACAGCGGCGCAUCUGAAUGGCGCAACAAAGCGCCCAUCGCACUGCAGCACGCUCAGGCUGCCAAGAAACUCGUGCUUUUCGAGGAAUUCGGUGCUAUCGGUUCCGACAAGGCGAGCGUUGUAGGUCAGCAUAUCGAUAUCUUCAAUGGACUCAAGGUGCCAUGGAUGAUUUGGCAGAUCAACAAGCCGGGCAAAGGUGCUGCAGACUAUGAGUUUUGGACGAAUGAAGAUACGUUCGCGGUGGUCAAGCAGGGGUCGGCCAAGGCAUUGAGUAUUGCUGCGGCUCAGACGUUUCCUAAUCUCGCCUAA